UCACUUUACCUGCUGGUUGCAAGUGGAUGUUAUGCAGCUAGCAAUGGCGAUCAUCAAGUGAUUAUUUAUGUAAACGGUGUUUAGGCUGUUUGAGCAACGGCCAAAGUACAGUUUACACCGGCACAAUGGCCUCAACACCAGCUGACAGUAAGGCCGAAGCUGUCGACGAGCAGAGUAGCGAGCUAAGCACGGAGUUGGUGGAAGCUGAAGGGGUUUCGGGCCUGAUAUCAAACGACAAGUCAAGCGUCACGGUGGUCGAGGAAAGUGUUGAAGCAGCAGAUGGCGGGGAAGAAAAGAAAGAUGAGAUUGACAAGGAAGUCCCAUCGGUGGUGGACGUUGUCGUGAAAGACGAACAGUCAACUGUGGACUGCAGCAGCGAAGUGUCGCCAGCUGUCAAUGAUGGCGAAAGCAGCAAUGCUCCCACAGCGGUGGAAAAUGACAGCAGCACCGCUGGUCCACUGGAACGUGAAGAUGCGACAGAGGCACCGAAGGCGGUGAAGCAGGAACAAACGCUGGCAGAUGAAAAUGAUUCCCCUGCAAACAAGCAAUGCACUGGAUUUAAAGCGAACGAGGAAAGUACUUCUACAGAUAAAACUGUGGCGAACGAAGGCAACGAGGAAGACGACAAGAGGCGAGCUAGCAUAGAAAUGUCGUCCUCUGAUGGAGAGCCGCUCAGUCGCAUGGACUCCGAAGACAGUAUCAGCAGUACUCUGAUGGACAUGGAGAGCACUGCCUCCAGUGGUCGCUCGACUCCUGCGAUGAUGAACGGUCAGGGCAGUGUGGCCCCCUCCUCUGCCAAGAGCCUGCUGUACGCCUGCUGCUGGGACCACUGCCCCAAGUGCUUCAGCUCCAGCCCUGACCUGGCCGAACACAUCCGCUCAGUACACGUGGACGACCAGCAGGGGGGCGAGUUCCGGUGUCUGUGGAAAGGCUGUAAGGUCUACAACACGCCCUCCACCAGCCAGAGCUGGCUACAGAGGCACAUGCUCACACACAGCGGAGACAAGCCCUUCAAGUGUGUGGUAGGAGGCUGCAAUGCCAGCUUUGCGUCGCAGGGGGGUUUGGCCCGUCACGUGCCCACCCACUUCAGUCAGCAGAGUUCGUCCAAGCUGUCCAACCAGGCCAAGCUGAAGGAGGAGUCCCCCUCUAAAGCCGGCCUCAACAAGAGGAAGCUCAAACUCAAAAACAAGCGCAGGAGAUCUCUACCUCGACCGCACGACUUCUUCGAUGCCCAGACCAUGGACACCAUCCGGCACCGUGCCAUCUGCUUCAACCUGGCAACCCACAUCGAGAGCCUGGGCAGUGGCCACAGUGUAGUCUUCCACAGCACCGUAACGGCGAGGCGGAAAGAGGAUUCGGGCAAGGUGAAAGUCCUGCUACACUGGUCCCCAGAGGACAUUCUUCCAGAUGUGUGGGUGAAUGAGGCAGAGCGGGGGCAGCUGAAGACCAAGGCGGUGCACCUCAGCCAGCUGCCCCGGGACACGGCCGUACUGCUGGACCCCAACAUCUACCGCACCCUGCCACAGAAGCGGCUAAAGCAGAGGAUGCUCCUGUAGGCUGAGGAGGAGACCCCCCUGAAGCUGGUCUCCUGUGACAGCCUCCACCUCCCCACCACCAACCUCCAGCUCCCCACCACCAACCUCCACCUCCCUAACUCUUCCUCUCCUCCCCCAGCCUCCUCCUUCCCACUACCAACCUCCACGUCCCCUCCACCAGCCACUGGCAGAGCUCUUGCCCUCUCUCUCUCUCUCUCUCUCUCUCUCUCAUUCUCUCUCUCUCUCUCUCUCUCUCAU